AUGUACGAACAAUUAAAAGUUAUUAUGAACUUGACUGCGAGACUUGUUUACGAAAGUGACUUAGCUGAAUCAUCGUCCACAAACUCGUCGAUUAAUCCUGCAAAUGUUUCCUUGUCUGAUUUUUUAACGUAAGUGUAAAUUUAAAAAACCACAAUCAGUUUUGCUGAACAAAAUAUUUUUUUCAGAUUUCGAGUUCGACUUGUAGUUCGACUGAAAACUCGAAUACAAAUUCAGAAAACUUUGUGCCAAUCGAAUUCCAAGCAUUAUCAAAUACAAGAAAACGGUGCUCCAACUCAUUAUACAAUGAUAUCUCCGACAUUGUAGGAAAAACUGGUCCCCGUUUAACAUUGGCGAACAGGGUGAGUCCAAUCUACUAUAUACUAAUUGGGAAAAUUUUUUUGGCAAUAGUGUGUCCGGGUCCCGUUCUCAAAACUGUGCGCAUAAAAAUUGAUGAUCAAAAAAAGAAAAAGUUUCUAAAUGUUGGCAGCUCGGUGCGCAUCUUAUUCAUUCUUUCUCAAAAUGUCUGUGAGUGCGCGGAGAAUCAAAAGUUUGAAAAUCUCAAUGUAUUUUUCGGAUUUAAAAUGUGUCGCUCGACUUUUCUCAAUUUCCAGAAGACCAUUUUUGAUGGGACCUUCACCAUUCUAUCCCAAAUUCUUUCCCAUCGAGGCGCUAAUAUUCGAUUUUUCAAAAAAUGCGCGAGUUUUCACGUGAAAAAUCAAAACUUUUUUCAUGUAAAAAAGAAUGAUCACGUUUUUAUUCGAAAAAAUUAUUAGGCCACGUUUCUUAUCUGAUCGUUCUAAUUUCUCCCAUAGUCGAAUAUUUUCAGUCAUUUCUACUGUAGAUGGCGUUAGCCAGCGAAGCCCUUCUAGUAAUAUUUAAUGGGGCCAAAGAAGGGUAUUUUUCAAAUUUACCUAUUGAAUAAGUAUACCAAUAAAUUCCAGUUUUCGUUGAUUGAAAAAAUCAAAAACCAUGUUCACGCCAAAAAACCGCAGUUUUCCUUCAAAUUGCCCAACAAAAAAGACUUGAUGGAAACACUCGGAAUCAAUUUGACGAAAGCAAUAUCGCCCUCUGCAGUUGCACUGCAUGAGAACAAGAAAGUGAGAGAAAAGAUAUUGAAUGUCGGUUUGAAGCAGAGCAUCACCAUCAAAACAUUGAACAAAUUGUUGUUUUAUCUGAAACAAUCUGAAGACGAAGCUCUCAAGGAAUUGCAGAGAAUGGAAGAUGAGAAUUCGAAAAUCCAGGUAAAUUCAAUGGAAACAUAUGCAAAAAAAAAACUAUUGAAGUUUCAGAAUUCUCAAGAGCGUUUCACGAUAGAAAACAGAGGAAUAUCGAAGGAAAUCCAACACUUUGUGAUCUUGAGUGGCAAUGUUUCUUAAAGUGAGUCAAUUUAUUAAUUUAAUGGGCGCAAAAAUUGACUUACAGAACGCAGAAGAGUCGAAAAUAUCAACUGCAAUUCAAGACUGUCAAAAAACACUUGGAGAAAUUCAUUUCCACGAAGGAUCAGUUGACGAUUCCGAAUCGAGUGAUAAUGAAGGUGAAGACGAAUGA